AUGAUAGAAGACCGCCGUGCUGGGCCUCCCCAUGCUGCCAUCUUGGCGGUGGUGGUGGUUUUAGUCAUGGUAGUGCCGACAUUACUUGGUGACCAAGGUGAAGCACUUACUGAGUUCAUCGCCGAGUUGCUCAGCCCAGUUGGGCUCCUCCUCCUCCCUAUAAUCCUCCUUCUCAUCAUCCGAUUCCUCUCCUCCGACAGUGGCUCAUUCGUCACCAGCAUAUUCUCCACCGGAGAACCCAAUACCAUCCACCGAGUCAGUGGCUCACCGGUCGGAGUUGCUCUUGUUCUUGUACUUGUUUUGUUCCUCCUUUACAACCGCGUAUCAAUCUUUGGAGGUGAUGAUGAUUCUGGAGAUUAA